AAAAUAAUAUACGUUUAUAUAACCGUAUAAACAAGAGACUUUAAUGAGACGUGAGACGUAAACAGUUACGUCUGUCAUUCACGAGCGCUCCAGGGUUGAGGGACAUAAACUGCCAUGGUAUUUCGCUGAAUCCAGUGUUACCAUGGUAAUUUUCCCGACCGUCCUUUAAAAAGCAGCGGAAAGAAGGAUGGGCGUGCCUCACAGUCACGAGGCCUAGAAUCCCGUCCACCCAUUGGUUUGCUUGGCGUGACGUCACCCAGCUUGGGAUCUCUUUUAAAAAGCGGGCGGGAAGCGGGAACUUUAUUUCGGCGUGUUGUCAGACGUAUCGGGCUAUAAACGCACACACUCCAGCAGCCAUGGUGAGAACAAAAGCCGACAGCGUUCCCGGCAGCUACAGGAAAGCUGUUGCCGCUUCAGCGCCCCGGAAGUCGCUCGGCGCGUCCGGAUCCACGAACUCGCAGAGCAGCGGCGCGCAGCCGGGCACGCCUGCCAAGAGUAAGUAUGCUGGAGGAAACCCUGUGUGCCCGCGCCCCACCCCGACCUGGCAGAAAGGCAUUGGAGACUUCUUUGGGGGUCCCAGCAGGAAGCCAGAAAAAGAGAAUCUUCACCCAGCGUCUGAGGAUGAUGAGGAGGCCGGAGGCAGCGGGGUCAGCAAAGCACCCAGGAAGUCCAGACCGAUCAUCGAUGACGAGGAUGAAGAUUAAUGACUUGAAUUUCACUUUUUGUUCAUUGACCUGGUUUUAAUGUAAAUCUGUAAAUACUUCAUUUGUAUGGUUCCUUGCGUUUGUACAGACAUUUAAUAAAAUGUUUUUCUUAA